GAUAUGAUAUGUAAGCUCUCCUUAUUGGUCUCGGCUACCUAUUCCCCUCCAUAGGUACGGCGGGGCAGGUAUGUCUUAUGAUAUAUAACCAGGUAUUUGCUGCUUUUCUUUGUUCUACACUCCGCAGGACUCCCUUCAAACCGCACACUCACAGCCCAAUCCUUAAGUAACAUACAUAACACCGCGACAAUGGUUCAGAACAAGGGUAUCUUCUUCAAGAAAAUCCCAACCGGACUGCCGGUGCCGGGGGAGCACCUGGCCGUCGAGACCCGACAGUUCGACGUCGAGCAAGCACCGCCGGCUGGUGGGUUAACGACCAAGAACAUCUACGCUUCCUUCGAUCCUUAUCAACGAGGCCGCAUGCGUGAAGCGCACAUCAAAUCUUACGUUCCUGCCUUCACGCUGGGCAAGCCCAUUGACUGCGGUACUGUUGCCAAGGUCCUCAAGUCGGACAACCCAAAGUUCAAGCCAGGAGAUCUCGUACACGGAGGCAUCCCAUGUGAAGAAUAUUCGGCUAUUUCCAAGGAGCAGGCGGACUCAUUCAAGAAGAUAGAGAACCCAUACAACCUUGACCCCAUGGUUUGGACUGGGGCAUUGGGAAUGCCCGGAUUGACCGCGUACUCCUCGUUGUACGAAAUUGGCAAGCCUGUCAAGGGAGAGACCAUUUUCAUCUCGGCCGCUUCAGGGGCCGUUGGUCAAUUAGUUGGCCAGCUUGCAAAGCGCGAGGGGCUUCGUGUUAUUGGGUCCGUUGGCUCUGACGACAAGUUAGACUUCAUCCUCAAUGAACUGAAAUUCGACGGGGGUUUCAACUACAAGAAAGAGAAGCCGUUGGAUGCCCUGACUCGCCUGGCACCAAAUGGAAUCGAUAUUUACUACGAAAAUGUAGGCGGCGAGCAUCUCGAGGCCGCACUGUAUGCUCUGAACGACUUUGGAAGAAUCGUGGCUUGUGGAAUGAUCAGCGAAUACAACAGGCCCGAUGAGGAGAAAUACGGCAUCAAGAACAUCUGGUUGAUUGUAUCAAAGCGGUUAACAAUGAAGGGUUUCAUUGUAUACGAUAAGAACAUGGGCCCGGUGUACGAGAAAGAGCGGGAUGAGAAUGUCAGCAAGUGGCUCCAUGAGGGCAGUAUCAAAGCGAAGAUGAGCGUCACCGAUGGUAUCGACAAUGGGCCGGAGGGAUUCGUCGGUAUGUUGCAAGGCAAGAACUUCGGAAAGGCUGUCUUGAAGAUUUCGAAUCUAUAAAAGCACUAAGCACUAAGCACUAAGCCCUAUGGCAACGACCAUCC